AUGAACAAAGAUGAACUGCUUACUAAUUAUAUAGAUGAUAAAUGGCAACAAGGAAAUCUUCAUAGCGACCAGAUUGGAGAGUCAUGGAGUUCAAUACCUCCAGUUAACUUUACACGUAAUGACACAGAGGAUUAUCAAUUAGUAGUACACAACGAAGAAACGUUGUCACAUAAAAGAUUUAAAAGAGGUGUAAUACAUCUUUAUAAUAUGCUAGUUUGUGCUACUGGAUGCAAUCCUUUAUCUUAUAAAGGAUAUGGAUGUUAUUGUGGCUUUCUUGGUUCAGGAUAUGUCAUAGAUGGAAUAGAUAGGUGUUGUAAAAUGCAUGAUUGGUGCUACGACGCUACAGAUUGCGCAAUGUUUUCAGAGUACUUCGUACCAUAUUAUUGGAGAUGUUACCACGGUUAUAAACCGGUUUGUGGUUCGUUGCCUGUUGAACACGGAAACUGGGGAGGAUCUGGGUCGUGUGCUCAACGAUUGUGCGAGUGCGAUCGCUCGUUUGCUGAAUGUUUGAGACGUUAUCCUUGCCCAACGACUAAAGCUGUAUGUACUUCGUCGCCUUGGAGAUUGGUACAAAAUCUUUUUAUGACUAUGUAAUUAUCGACGGAAUU